UUCCGGACUCCGGGCCGUCGCGAGGACUUGUUCUUUGAGGUUCAGAAUCGACACCGGGAAGUGUAACGGACCCGGGAGCCUCUGCGAGGAAAUCUGAACUAAUGUGAGCGCCAGCGAAAUGCGGACGGAAGGUGGGAUGUCCACAGGUGUUGUCGCAGUUGUGACCGAGCCUCAGUUUGCCCAGCGAUACCGGGAGUAUCUCCAGAAGAUGAAGCUCCUGGACCGAGAGCACCGCGCGGAAAAGAUGCCGGACGGCGCCGUGGCGCUGCCGGUGCUGGGGGAGACACUCCGCGAGCAGCACCUGCUGGCGCUGAGGAGCUGCGUGGCCCCGGGCAGCACCUGUCUGCUGACGCACUUGCCGGAUCCUGUGCCUUCAAAGAAGGCCCAAGUUUGUCCACCUGCCCAAAGACUGUGUCGCGAGGUGAGGCGCUGGGUAGAGGGUCAGGGAGUAACGUGGUCCGCUGAACUGGAGGCUGAUUUGCCCCGAUCUUGGCAACGGCAUGGUAACCUCUUGUUGCUGAGUGAAGACUGUUUCCAAGCUAAGCAGUGGAAAAAUCUAGAACCAGAACUCUGGAAAACCAUUGCCUCUGCACUUGGCGUCCAGCGUUUGGCAAAACGAGGGAAGGUGUUACCCGAUGGUCCUCGGACUCCAGCAGUGACUCUGCUGCUGGGCGAUAAUAGCUGGGUAGAGCAUGUGGAUAAUGGCAUCCGAUAUAAAUUUGACGUGACGCGGUGUAUGUUCUCCUUCGGAAACAUCAGUGAGAAGCUGCGAGUGGCAUCAAUGUCCUGUGCCGGAGAAGUAGUGGUGGAUCUAUAUUCAGGAAUUGGUUAUUUUACGUUACCCUUCCUAGUUCAUGCUGGUGCUGCUUUCGUCCAUGCCUGUGAGUGGAACCCCCAUGCUGUAGUUGCCCUGAGAAAAAACCUGGAGAUCAAUGGAGUGUCAGAUCGGUGCCAAAUACACUUUGGGGAUAAUAGGACAUUGAAACUCUCAAACAUUGCAGAUAGGGUGAACUUGGGGCUCAUUCCCAGCUCUGAAGAAGGUUGGCCCAUUGCCUGCCAAGUCCUACGACAGGAUGCUGGGGGCAUUUUGCAUAUCCAUCAAAACGUGGACUCUUUCCCAGGAAAGAAUCUCCAGCCUCACGGAAGCAGCAGAACGGAAAAUUCUUACCCUCAGAAAAUUACCACUAACAAAGGGGAAAAUGGAGCUACCAGGGAUUUUAGGGGAAAAGUGCCUUCAUCAGCCACUAAGCUGGAGUGGCAAAGGUGGGCUGAAUCUGCAGAAACUCAGAUUGCCACUCUACUCCAGCAGGUGCAUGGAAAACCAUGGAAGACACAAAUCUUGCAUAUCCAACUAGUGAAAUCUUAUGCCCCCCAUGUGGAUCACAUAGUCUUGGAUCUGGAAUGCCGUCCUUGUCCUCUAAUUGGCUAGAGGAAGUGGAUCCAGUGACACAAGGUAUCCACAGGAGUGGCCCUUAAUGCUUCUGCUCAAGCUGAGUUCUCAUCCUUUUUAUCUCCUAGUAAUCUUUUAAAUAUUUUAUGGCAUUGGUAGUAUGCUAUACCAGGUGUGUCCACCCUGCAGCCUGUAGGCUGGACAUGCUCAUAGCAAAAAAUAUUUAAAAAGGAACUUUGCUACUUACAUACAUUAACUAUAUUUUAUUUUCAGCCUAAGGCACUUCCUCUUAAUGUGACCCAGGUAAAUAAAGUGUAUCCAUCCCAUGGUCUACAGACUGGGCACUCCUGUGAGACCAAAUGAUUUCAUUUGUCUUCUAUUGCUCUCAGAACAUGUCAAGUUAUCUGGGUAAAAUGACACUCAUCUGUGCGAUUAUGAAUUUUGAAUUCUGACCUCAGUUAAGACCUGACGUAUGUGGUUCCAUAUUCAUUUGGUCUUGGUUUUUCUUAUUUACAAAAUAAAUGUUUCUUUAAACUGUU